UUCAAAGCGCGCAAACCAUAAUUUUUUUCGGCAAUUAAAUUUGAUUUGGAAAUUAAAUUUGAUUUUUUCGACGAAAUCGAAAUGGAUUUUGAAUUAGAAUAUCGUUAUGCUUUAGAAUGUGAAUUAAAUUCUGAAUCACAAAGAAAUUGUGAUCAAAUUCGUAAUCAAUUAAUACAACUUGUUGCAUCACAACGAUUGUUGCCAUCGGCUUCAUAUAAUGAACGUUUAAAAGAUUUACUACGUGAAUAUUCAUCGGAAAUCGAUAAGAAAACUGGAUUGAAUACAUUUAUUGAUUCAUCAUUUGAAAUUGUUCAACAUGAAUGUCAUGAACGUGAUGAUUUUUCGGUUGAUAAAUGGCGAAGUACAUUGAAAAAGAAACUUGAUAAUGGUGAUUUAGUACGUAAUAAAUCUUUUGAUAAAAUGAAAGAAAUUUCUGAAAAAUUUCGUAAAUUUAAUCGUGAACGAUUAAUAUCAUUAUUGGUAGAAGAUGAAUCCAAUGAUAAUUCACCAGAACCGAACAAUGAUGAUAUGAAUGAUGAUUCCGAUUCAAAAAACAUUCGACCUUAUUCGAAUCAAAUUCAACAACAACAGCGACAAGCAAUGGUAAAAAGUUCACCAACACGAGUAUCGGGAUUAUUUAGGAAAAAGACCACACAAACAAAUGGUUUUACUCGAGCUUUAUUCACACGAAAUACAACAUCAUCACAAAGUUCAUGUAAUAGCGACGCACAAAGUGAUUGCAAUAGUAUCAGUAGUCAAGAAUCAAACAAAUCUGAACAUCAUUUAAUGCCGAUUGAUACUUUGCCCGUGAUCAAAGAAUCAUUGAAUGAAUGUUAUGAUGAUGAUGAUGAUAGUGAUAAAAAUCAAUCACCAGUUGAAAUUGUAGCUACGAAUAAAAAAUCUGAAUUUAUAACCGGAUUGGAAAUACAUUUGGUCAAUCAAAUUCAAAAUGAUGAAAUACCCAAAGAAAAAGCACAGGAAAUUAUCGAUAAUGUACGAAAAGAAAAAUUGAAUACAUUUAAAGAUCCAAUGGUGGCCGCAACAUCAACAAAUUCAACAUUAAUCAACGAUGAACGAUUAAAAGGAAUCGAACCGAGUAUGAUUGAAUUGAUUCAAAAUGAAAUUAUUGCCAAUCUUGAUAAUACUGAUUGGUCAAAUAUUGCCGGAUUAGAAUAUGCUAAAUCUACAAUUCAACAGGUUGCCAUAUUACCAUUAAAACGACCUGAUCUAUUUACUGGAUUGCGUUCACCACCGAAAGGAAUCUUGUUGUUUGGACCACCCGGUACUGGUAAAACAAUGAUUGGCCGUUGUAUAGCAUCACAAGCUAAGGCUACAUUUUUUUCAAUAACAUCAUCAACAUUAACAUCCAAAUGGAUUGGUGAUGGUGAAAAGACAAUGAAAACAUUGUUUCAAGUUGCUCGAUGUCUUCGACCAUCAGUUAUAUUUAUUGAUGAAAUUGAUUCAUUAUUAACAUCGAGAUCCGAUUCCGAACAUGAAGCAUCAAGACGAAUGAAAACUGAAUUUCUAUCACAAUUUGAUGGUCUUUCGAAUCAAACGAAUGAAGGUUUAUUGGUUAUCGGUACAACAAAUCGACCACAUGAAAUUGAUGAAGCUGUACGAAGACGUUUUGCUGCUCGAUUAUAUGUACCAUUACCAGAUCGGAUGGCUCGUAAACAAAUGUUGUUUAAUAAUUUAAAAAAUGAAAAACAUUCAUUGACCGAUGAACAGAUUGAUAGUAUUGCCGAGCGUACAGAAUCAUUUUCCGGUUCAGAUAUAAAAAUUUUAUGCUGUGAAGCAUCAAUGGUAUCCAUUUCAGAAAUAACUGAUCGUUUAUCAGAUAUCGAUAAAGAAGAAAUCAGGGAAAUUUGUUUCUCGGAUUUUGAACAAGCAUUACAACGUAUAAAACCAAGUUUUUCACGUGAUGAUCUUGGUAUUUAUGAAAGUUGGAAUGAAAAAUAUGGUUCCAAUUGAACAACAACAAAAAAAAUUUAGUUUUUAUAACACAAAGUUUUUUUUAAAAUGUUUAUUCAU